AUGUCACGUUUCGGUAUCUUUGUUCUAAUGUUGUGGUCGCUGAUGACGUGCUCCUACGGAUUUACGAUGGAUCGUGCAGUAGUGUUUGUACCGCCUGCAUGGGACACGGCACCGUCCUUGGACACUUAUCAAAGAGUAUUUGUCGACCCUGCAAUGAAAGAGAUGCAGGUAACUGGUAUGAAUAGGAUCUUGCAAACUGAAGAUACGAAAAUAUCAGAAAAUAUGCUAGAAAAUCAGACGCGCGAGAAGAAAUCAACAACCGAAAAAGUCGAGAUGAAACUCAUCGAAAUGAAACCUAUCAAUGAAAUAGCAUCGGCAAUGAGGAACGACGCUUCUGAUUCUUCUGAAGAAAACAUUAAUGCUAAUUGCCGUGAUAAAAUCGAGAAUGCUAAUUUCUCUAUGGAUAAUGCGUCUACUUCUGAAAAAAAAGAAAAAGGUUGCAAUUGCGAGCGUAUCCUUCUCUCGAAUAUCGAAGAAUUGUUAUCCUGGGCAACACACACGAGAGGAAUGACAACAGGUGCAGUUUCCAGUAGCAACUUCUCGAUCCCAUUUUUUCCUAAAUAUGAAUCUAGCUCCAAUAAGAGUAAUGCAAAGUUAGAAUUGCGUAAAAGCAAACGCGAUUCCAACGACGAUUGGCAAGUGAUCGAUCUUAGUGACCGGACGAGUUCCGUUUCUCCUUUGAUUACCAAAGAUUUAAAAACAGACGAAGAUAUAAAUUAUGAUACCACAUGGGAUAUUUUUGAUAUAUUGUCCAAAAUAAGAAUGGCUUUUUUUCGUUCUCUACUUGAAUCAUUGCACAAGAACGAUGGUGUGUCCAAGAAUGAAUUUUCAUCGCGCAAACAAUCCUUUCUUCAAUCGACUGCGAUUAAUUUAAUCGAUAAAACCAUCAGAGAGCUGAAAUCUAUUCCAAACGAUAAAGGUUACAUGUUAGUCGCCGUUGUGCCGAGAAGUGAAGGAGCCGCCGCUGUUGAUCUUCUUCAACGCGAAACUUCUCUGAAAAACACUCUUUUAAUCAUAACGCAAAUCUGUGUUGGAGAUCAAAUACCCGUUUCAUUUGCUGCACAAGGACCGAAUUGUCGAAUUUUUCGGGAAGCAAGAGUUAUUGAUGAGCUACCAAUUCUAAUAAAAAAAGCUAUAAUUACAAGCAAUUGUUUUGAUACCGAAUGUAUGAAUCGACAAAGACGCGAUAUUCCGAUUGAGUUACGUUUGUCAACUGGAAUCAUUUCGCAAGAAUUGCCAGCGGAAAAGCGAGUUGUUAGAAACAUGGAUAUUGAAAAACUGAUGCUGCUGAUACAACCUACGGAGGAAAUGUCCAAGCAGAUACGAGUGGAAUUGAAUGAGAAUGUAGCAACGCGCGAUAAAGAUCUCGAAAUGAUCAAAGAAUGGCUCGCUAAGCAGCCGCAUUUACCCAAGUUCGAUGAUGAUCAAAGAAUAAUGACGUUUUUACGCGGGUGCAAGUUUUCUUUGGAGAAAUGCAAACGGAAACUAGACAUGUACUUCACGAUGCGCGCAAUAGUCCCCGAAUUUUUCUCCAAUCGUGACAUCACAAGGCCGGCGCUGCAAGAAAUAAUAAAGCUUAUACAUAUACCUCCUUUGUCAGGCUUGACGCACAAGGGAUGUAGAGUGAUCGUCAUGCGAGGAAUCGAUAAGGACGUACCAACUCCCAAUAUAUCAGAAAUUAUGAAGAUAGUGUUCAUGAUCGGCGACAUUCGUCUGAAGGAGGAAGAACACGGUGUGGCUGGCGACGUUUAUAUUCUUGACGCUGCCGUCGCGACGCCCAUACAUUUUGCCAAGUUUACACCACCUAUAGUGAAGAAAUUUUUGGUCUGCGUGAUGGAAGCAUAUCCGGUGAAGCUGAAGGAAGUGCACGUGAUAAACAUCAGUCCACUCGUAGAUACAAUCCUUAAUUUUGUCAAGCCUUUCCUGAAGGAAAAGAUACGCAAUCGCAUCUUCAUGCACAGUGAUAUCAAGACGCUAUAUGAUUAUGUACCUCGAGAGAUAUUGCCGACCGAAUACGGUGGCGAUGCUGGACCCAUCCAGAAUAUACAUGAUAUGUGGACGAAGAAGUUGGAGGAAUACGGACCUUGGUUCGCGGAGCAGGAAGCUAUGAAGACUAAUGAGGCUUUACGACCAGGUAAACCAAAGACGCAAGACGACUUAUUUGGUCUUGAUGGAUCCUUCCGGCAGUUGUCAAUUGAUUAAGUCGUUUAACGCGAUCCGAAAUCGUUAUGGCGUAAUCAUCGCCAAUGGCAGUCGUUAACUAGAUCGUCAGCGUAAACUUCGAUGUCGAUCGAUCAUAAACUCCAUCCACGAUGAAAGCUGAAGCAUUUCCGUUUCAAACGACUAUAAAUGUACCGCAAACUUUUUGUACGAAUUAUGUUCGAUAUCGAGUAUCUUUAAAAUACUAUUAAUUUCGAUUAAAUUCGUAUAACUUAUAUAGUUAAAAUAUAAUAUGUUUUUACCGAAAAGCUUGCCAGAAAAAUGACAGAGAUUCAUUAACAGAAUAUUAGCAAUAUUUUUCAUUUUUUUUUAAUGCGAUAAUUUAUUUAUUUUUUUAUAAUUGAAGACGUCAUUGAUUAUAAUUUAUUAGAUGAUAAUUUUAAAGAAUCUAAGGAAACAAAAUUUACUUUUUUUGUACAGAUAUUUUUCUUUUUAUUCAGCUUUCCUCUCCAUCAAUUUUUUUCAGAUAAUACCGUUUGUGUUUUACUUAUCAAGGCACAUAGAAUAAUCGAAUUUUAAUAUUUUGUUUUAUAUAAUAAAAUGAUAACUACUUUAUAUGUAAUCAUAUUAAUGGCGAAAAAU